AUGGCACCGCCGGCCUCCAUGGCCACGCCUUCGCCAAGUGCCAGCGCAGCCUCGCCGCAUCCUGCCGUUCUCCAUCGUCGCCGGACCCGCGCCGUCCUCUGCUUCCUCUACGGCGACAAGGAGCCACCUCGCCCGCGCGUCUCCUCUACCAGCAGCCUGCAACGCCCGAGGGGAGCCGAGCUCCUCCCAUUCCCCAUGGUGGCUGAUUCCCCUGCCCCGAGCUUCCCGGCAGCCGGCGUCCAAGUCCCGCGCCCCAUGACCUCGCUACAUCUCGCGCCGCUGCUCAUGGCCUGCAACCAACCUCCUCCUCCACCGUCAAGUCCGCCGUUCCCCGUCGUACCGUCGCUGGAUUUCACGCCCAACGACGCUGCCACCUCACCUUUGGCCAUGCCUUUGCCUUCCUGUACUGUUGUUCGCUGCACGCCAAGACCACCCCCGUGGAGUUUGACAAGUACCACUACGACCCGUGUGCGACUAUGCAGAUUCGCCAAGUACCCCACCGGCAAGACCGACGCCUGA